AUGUCCGACACCACUCAAGAUACGUUGCUGCAGCGUCUUUCAGAAUUUUUGACCACAGAUGGUCCUCUCCCAGUGGAUAUAGACUUCGGUGAUGAACUUACCGAGGCCCAUGAUCUCAUUGCUGAAUGUUUGGAGGCUUUAACCAAGCCUUCUGAAAUCCCCGAACCAGUUAUCGACACGGCCCAAGAAGAGGUCAUUAUCGGCCUCACCAAAGAACUCGAAGCAGCUGACGAAAAGGCUGCCGAUCUAUUGCAAAUCUUGUCCGAAUGCCAGGAAGAGUCUACCGAGACUAUCCGGGGCCGCGAUGAAGUUAUUGUUGCUCUCAAGGGCGAGCUUGAGGAGUCUAAGGCCGAAGAGGAGGAUCUCGCCAUCGCUGACGAGAACCUCGCUGAUGCUGAAGAUGAGAUUCUUCACAUCACCUCUGUUGCAAAGGCCUGGGAGGCCCAAGCCAAUGCCACCAUCGCUGAUCUUCGUUCUCGCAUCUCCGCCGCCAUAGUUAAACCCCGAUCCCGGCAUGUCUCCGUUAAACCUCGUUAUCUUACCCCUCGCUCCCAAGACCCCCGUACCAUCAACAAUUGGCGAGAAAAGCCAAUUGAACAAGUGUCUCAAAAGCCGGCGUUAAAAG